AUGCCCCGUUUCAACAAGCAUACCCCGGGCCCUAGGGCCUCAAACCCUUACCCUCUCCGUUCUCGGAUGAGUCUCUCUGAGCCGUCCGGUCCCUUGAAUAGACGUCAAGAGCUGGGUUCGCCUAUCCAAUUGGACUCUCGAGAGUCUUCUCGGCCUCCGAUUCUGAAUGCGUCGCCGAUCGCGCCGCCUUCCUCGGUCCGAGCCCAUUCAUCUGGCUUCCCCAUCGAGAUUGAUUCUCAAGGGUCUGCCCCAUCUCCGCUGGCCGAUCCGCGCACGAUCACGCGGCCGGUUUCUCCCAAGGCCACCCGAGCCUCUAGAUCUGAUCGGGUGCCUCCAGGAUUGGUGGGGCUCCAUCCUCAAGAUCGAGGUACCGCCUUGCCGCCCUACCAACACUGUCCAACCCCGCUCCUGGACCCGACUCCGAUGUUUCAGCCGCAGGUUACGCCCGAGUGGCGUCGUCCGGCUUCAAACAGCCGAGGUUCCUCGGGUUCUCCGGUGGCUCGUCGUCCUUUCGAGGUCGCCGAAUCGUUGUUGAACCAUUUAUCGUCGGUAGGUUGUUUCUUCUUCUAUUCACCAUCUACUUCGACCUCAGCCUCUCAAGAAGAGUCUGCAGUCUCAGCUGAAGACUCUUUCGAGUCUUCUUCCAGCCAGCACACCGCCUCCAGUAACCAAUCCUAUCCGUUUGCGCGUCAGCCCCGUGUCGCCUCGCCCGAUCCUCCUGGGUUCUACGAUGUCGACGAGUUUCAUCUCCUGAGGGAUCAUCAGAUCGACUCCCUCCUUAGUCGUCGAGCGGAUCCGGCUAGGUUUGAUCGCGUCCUUCGUGUCCUCGCGAUCAAGCUCACCGGGCGACACUUCCGUCACUUGGAUUAA